UGCUGGCGCGAACGUUGACAUGCGGUGAUUCAGAAAUAUAGUACAAUGGAUAGAUUUCACUUGAUAACUGAAUGUACAUUGAUUUUCUAACGCGAAUUCUUAAAAAGUCGUUAUUAUUUUAUGCAAAAAAAUGCCCGCGCGUAGUCUUAAUUAUACCGAAGUUUGGCGGGAGUAUAAAAAAUGUCAAGAGGUUAUAAACAGUUUUAAGGACUUCGAAAGUUCGGUCGAAGCUACAGUAUACACUGAUGAAAAUUUGGAAAUUAAUAUAAAAAAAUUGAUUUCUUGGAUGCAAUCGCACCCAAGUUGCGUUGAAUAUAUGAGUCUUAACAAAAUGCUUGCUAUAUUUUGUCUGAUGGAUGACAGAGAAGUAGAAGCCAUUUAUCACUUGAUCGAAUCACACGCUGUUCUCCUACACCUUCAAGUACAGCACAGAUGGAACAAGACUCAGGAGCGUGAAAUGUUGCUGGAACAGCCACAAACAUUUGGACUUAAUCCUGCCUAUAUAAAAUUCAACGGAGGUGAAGAAGUGAGAGAUUGUGCAUCAGCUGUGACAGACAGAUUAAAAGAAUUUCCAGAAGAGUGGUACAUGGUCCAGCUGACAGCGCAAUAUCAAUCUAGUAAAAGUUCAAUUUAUAACACAUCUGAAAUGAUUGGUAUGGUUCCUAUUCACAUAUCUGUACUACCUACGGGAAAAAAUGGAAUUCAUCCCUUUUGUAUAACUGUUCCGAAGCCAAAACUAAGCACAAAUUAUGACAUUUGCAAAGAGAUACGCGACAUUCUACGUAGCAACAGGAUUGAUUUACAAGCAACUUAUGCUAAUCACCGUUUGUAUUGGAAAAUGCGAGAUAAACAAAAUAAGAAGAUGAAAGCAGCAAUUUGUGAAUUAGAAUCUACAUGGCUUAGAGAGUGGAGAGUUCUUUUAGUUGCAGAUCCUAUAGAAGAAUCGAGUUUAGUAAAAGACGUGCGGGAAAUGAUCAACAAGCUUAUUACAGACAAUAAAUCAUCGAAUUGCAUAUCAGAACGUACUAGGUGGCUACUCCAUAAAAUAGCACUGGGUGCUUGCUUUCUGACAAGGACAGAAAUUGCUUUAGCAAUUAAGUAUAUUCUGCCACUUGAUGAAAAACUUUGUGAUAAUAUAAUAUUGUCUAUCUAUGGUAAAUUGAACAGCCUCACACCACUGAUGUCAGUUAAGCGAAAAACUUUGGUUUUAAUUGUAGAUGAGAUACUUGACUACAUUCCAUUCGAAGUCAUAGAUGUUCUUACCAAUCAUCCAGUAACACGUUUUCCUUCACUACACAUGGCAUAUGCACUGUACAAAGAACACGAAGAAACAAUCGAAAAUGGUUGUAAGAUCAUAAAGAUCGGGGAAAACAAUGGUAGCUUCAUGGUUAAUCCAUCAGGAAAUUUACCCGAGCUUGAAAAACGUAUGAAAUUGUUCAUUGAGUACUGGCUGCCGCAUUGGACAGGAACUUAUAAUAUUCAGCCAGAUGAAAAGAGUUUUGAAUGUGCUUUAACCAACUAUGACAUUCUAAUGUAUAGUGGACAUGGAAGUGGAAUACAGUACUUGUCAGGAGAGAGAAUCGAGAAAUUACGAGUAAAGGCUAUUGUUCUCUUAUUUGGCUGUGGGAGUGCAAAGCUGUGGUCAGUAGGUGGAAGGUUUCCACCGAUUGGAGUCUCCAACCAAUAUCUUAUAGCAUGCAGUCCCUGUAUAUUGGGUAUGCUGUGGGAAGUCACUGACUUUGAUGUAGAUAGACUGACAGCAAAUUUUAUUGGAAAUUGGAUUCCUUCACCAGCACCACGGCCUUGGUCAGAGGUCAAGAUAAAUGAAUGGUCUAAUGGAAUAUUGGAAUUCAAGAACAUGGAUUUAGAAAAUGGCAUUUCAACAAUGUCUCUAUCUGAAUCAAGACCCUGCCAAACAUCGGUAGAACCAGAAAUGCUGCGUGCUUUAGCUAAGUAUAGAGGAUCAUGCACCCAUUAUAUGACAAUGGCUGCAGUUGUAAUCCGUGGACUUCCUAUACGACUAAAGUGAAUAUAAAUUUAAUGAUUGUGGAACUAAUUGAAAAACAUACCUAAUUAAAUUACUGCAACAUACCAAAGCUGAACCUUCAAUAGAAUAGAUCAAGGAAUCAGAUUGGUCAAACGUUAUUCAUAUAUACCAAAAAAGGCAUUACUCUAUAAGAUUUUUAUAUUUUCAUACUUUUAUAUAAAUGCUAUUCUAUUGAAUUUAGUGUAUCUGUAUUAUAAGCAAAGAUCUCAAAAGUGAACAUUAAUAUUGAAUCUCGAAUUGAUUUGAAAUUUUCGCUGUGCUAUAACUGAAUAUUUUACUCGUAAACUUUGAUGAAACUCCGAUGAAACAAUAGUUGCAAGUGUCACAACGUAUGUGAGAUAUAAUCAGGAAAUCCUUUCGUUGAGGA